AUGUCUGCCAACCCCGGAAACGUCAUUGGAGGCCACAAGGCCAACAUCAACAACCCCAACACCUCGGAGGAAGCCAAGCAGCACUCCAAGGAAGUCCUCCAGGAUCUCGAGAACGGCGGUGAAAUCACCUCUAAGUCCACCAGCGACCAGGACAAGAACCCCAACAAUGUCGCUGGCGGCCUCAAGGCUACUCUGAAGAACCCUAACGUUUCCGACGAAGCUAAGCAGAGCGCUGAGGAGAGGCUCGGACAGUUGUAA